AUGAUUUCGUUGAGCAGCCUUCAAAAUUCCAAUUAAAUGUUAUCGAUAUUGAUCUUGGAUAAGAUGGAAGAAUUCUAAAUCAAUACCAUGUUCACUCCCCAAUAGUUAGGGGUUUAGUUUUGCACACAAUUCGGUUUAAAUUUAACAAAUCUACACUUAGUUACUGAGAAUCUGAUAAGAUUUAUUUAGUCAGCAUCAGUGUUGCCUCAAUAUAGUAAUAUAGCUUAAUGUUAUGAAAAGUAUUUUAAUGUAAGAGGGAAGAUUAUCCCAUUCAAAUCUUCAUAUUAAUUAAGUGAGUUUUUAGUUGAAAACAAAAUUAAAUUUGAGAAAUCUCAUUCACAAAAUAAUUUGCAUUCAGUGCAAAAAGAAAAUCUAUAAUAAUUCUAGAGAAAUCAGUUCAUAAAUUAGCAACCCUUCAAGCAAAUUGCCGAUAAUUGCCAAACUUUCAGAGAGAAGAAUAGAUUUGAGAAUCUAUACUUGAAAGGCAAGAUAAAGUAAAUGGAGAGGAAUAAAAGCAGAUAAAAGCACAUAGAUAAGUUGGAUGUUUUGGAUGAAAACUGUACGUUUAGACCCAACACAAGAGUUUUACAAAGGCAGAAUCAACAAUCCUUAUAGAUGAAAUAGGAGAAAUAUUAUUAGCAAAUAUUUGACUGUUUAGAUAAUGAUAAGGAUGGGGUGAUUUCUAAAAAUUGCAUUGAUAUUAGCAAACUCAAUGUGAAUGAUGUGAAGUAUUGAAUUAUGAUAUUCUUAGCAAUAUUUUGGGAGUGUUGUUGAAAAUUGA